GAUUCCUCUAGAAUUUCAUUUUCCUAUUCCAAUAUUAUUAUUUCAUUCACAUAACUUAACAUAACUUAAUGCUAUGCUUACCAGUUACCACUAGUAGUACUCUCAUCCUGACUUCAAUCAAGCAUGCUUAUAUUUAUUCCUUUCUUUAUAUUAUUAUUUUUAUCAUUAUUAUUAUCUUAUUUUAUCACCGAUGAUUCAAUGAGUUACUGAGUCGGUUCCUUUCUUUUUAUUUAUUUCUUUUCUUUUCCCCAUUUUUGAUUAAUUUUUUUCUUUUCCUUUUUCAUAAAAAAGCAAAAGCACACUAGCUAGCAACUUCUUUUGGGUCUUCUCUUCAGACUCGAGUUGUUAUUUUUCAGAUACAGCAAUCAUCUAUUGGUUGAAGCAUGUUUAGUUUUUUUUCUUUUUUUUUAGUUAUAUCAUGAAUCAUGAUCAUUUUCCCUUGUCAAACUAACAACUAAUCGAAAGUGAAAGUCUACUUCUUUUCACAUUUCAAUUGUUGUUGUCUUGUUUUUUCAUCUUCAUUCAUUCUUUCCGAUCACAUCAUUCAAAGAGAGACCAUAACAAUUAACAAACACUUAAGUUUCUGCAACAAUCAUAUUUUUUUGUUUUGUUUAAUAUCCCUUUAGCAUUCAAUUGACCUUCUUUGAAAUCUCACCAUUAUGUUCCAAAGAAACCCUUCAUACGCAAACCCAGAACCCUGCCAGCAUCUUGCUGAGUACAAGCUCAAACAUGGUUUCAAUGGCUACAAAGCCAUUCAAAAGCUCCUCGUGACCUCUCCAAUUGGGAAGACCAGUGUCAAAAAACCCAAUACAAGGAUACCCAGAUGCAGUUACUGUAAUAGGUCUGAGGGCAGGCUCUAUUUAUGUCUGAUUUGUUCUUCAUUCUCUUGUUUGGAUCAUACCCUUUUGCAUCCACAAUCCGAGACUGGUCAUGCUGUGUUUGUGGACAUUGAAAGGGCUGAACUUUAUUGCGGGCUAUGCCGUGAUCAAUUGUAUGACCCUGAUUUUGAUCAAGCUGUGAUGUCUAAGCACUCAAUGGGUGCCACUGGAAAUGAGAGCAUUGGCCAGAGAUUGAUCAAAAGGAGGAGAUUGGUUUCUGGGGUUGGAUUGGAUUUGCAGAAAUCUAAGUUCAGAGUUCCCACCAACGAUCUGAGGGCUAAAUCGUGUUAUCCUAUAGGAUUGAGGGGGUUGAACAAUCUGGGUAGUACUUGCUUCAUGAAUUCUGUGCUGCAAGCAUUGCUACAUGCACCUCCAUUCAGGGACUAUUUCUUGAGUGGUGGACACAGUUUGGAAGCUUGUCAGAAAAGAACCAUGGAUCAGCUGUGUUUGCUUUGUGAUAUCAAUGCUGUUUUUUCAGCUGUGUUUUCAGGUGAUCGUAAUCCAUAUAGCCCUGCUCAGUUUCUCUACAGCUGGUGGCAGCAUUCAGCAAAUUUAGCGAGUUAUGAGCAGCAGGAUGCUCACGAGUUUUUCAUUUCGUUGUUAGAUGCAAUCCAUGAGAAAGAGGGCAAAACAAAGAAUGGAAGCAGAGGUUAUGGAGACUGCCAAUGCAUUGCUCAUAGGGUGUUCUAUGGGUUAUUGAGAUCAGAUGUUACCUGUAUGGCCUGUGGAUUCACCUCAACAACCUAUGACCCUUGUGUGGACAUUUCACUUAACUUAGACACCAAUGUCCCUAUAGCAGAAAAGGGUAAAAAGCUUACCAAACGGAAUGAGGAUGGAAGUAUGUCUACACUUUUGGGCUGUUUGGAUUUGUUCACUAAGCCAGAGAAGUUGGGCUCAGACCAGAAACUUUACUGCCAAAAUUGUCAGGAAAUGCAGGACUCAUUGAAGCAAAUGUCUAUCAGAAAGCUUCCGUUGGUACUUAGUUUGCAUGUAAAACGAUUUGAGCACUCUUUUGUUAAAAAGUUGUCAAGAAAAAUAGAUCGCUACCUACACUUUCCGUUUUCCUUGGACAUGACUCCAUAUUUGUCCUCCUCAAUCCUCAGAGCCAGAUAUGGAAAUAGAAUUUUUGCUUUUGGGGGUGAUGAAUCAGAUAUGUUUACUGAGUUUGAGAUUUUUGCAGUGGUGACACAUUCGGGGACGAUUGAGUCUGGCCAUUAUGUUUGUUUUGUGCGUUUAAGGAAGCAAUGGUACAGAUGUGAUGAUGCUUGGAUAACUGAGGUUGAUGAAGCGACAGUCAGAGCUUCACAGUGUUACAUGAUUUUCUAUGUGCAAAAAACCCUUUUCAAUAAAGCAAAUGAAGAUCUGAGUCACCUGCCAAAUUCCUCUGGAAGAGGGCUGUUUGUUCCUAUUGCUGGGUGUUGCUAAAGAGGAUAUUAAAGGGAAUAUUUGACAUCAAAUGGUGGAUUAUAAUGUGUGUUUUCUAUACCAUUGAAGGCCAUCUCAAUGCUCAGUGAGAGAACUUUUUUCUUUCUGAUUUCCCCUUGAGUUUGGAGAAUCACAGUUUACAGUUGACAAGAUGGAUUUGCAAUAUGCAUCUUCAAAUUCAGACUGCUAGAAGGUGUACAAGCGAAUGGGAAGCCAGGUUGCUUGCUUGACUUCAAUUGAAUAUUUGCAUGUGGAUAUGUCAUGGGCAGUUUUGAAACAAAGAUCAAGGAGACAGAAACAGCACAACUUUUCACUGUAUGCUUACUCAAAUUCUUUAAUUGCAGAGUAUAACUCAUUUCAACUGAUGAUAAUGAAAGUUGUUCAACAACCAUUGUUACACUUCUCUCUCCACUAAAAGUGGAUAAAAAGAAAACAAAUUAAGGGAAAAGAAGAGGUUAUGUGGAUGAUUGUUUCUAAUUUGUGCUUAACAAGGACAGUGUUGAAGACAUGUUUCUAAUUUCUGGAAGAGGUUAUGCAGAUUACUGAAAGAGGUUGCGUCUUUGGUGCACAAUAGACAAGGGUAUUGUUGAAGACAUGUUUGUUCAUUUAAAGGUGAUGUGAAGAAUAUUAUCGCUCUAACUUAAAGAUAAUAUGGUUGUUGGUUGUGUGAAAAAUGAAGUUGCAGUUGCUACAACUAUAUGAUUAAUAACUUACAUAGAAGUUAAGAAAGUAGAUCAUUGAUAAUAGGAUGACAAACAUAAUAACACUAUAUCAGAUAUAUGGUUCACAUAUUUAGACUUAGACAUUCAAAGGUGCAUGAUAUACGGGGAAUCAAAUGGGUGAAAAUUGAUUUUACGAAAGAUAUCUGACUCUAGCAUUUCCCCUUCCACCUUUAGCUAAUAAUAUGUAACCAUUGUUUAUAAUUAUGGAUUUG